CCGUCCGUGCUCUCUCUCUCUCUCUCUUUCUCCCCCCCCCUACCCCGAUGCCGAGGGACGGGCAAGGCGAGGGUAAUUGGAUUGUGGGAAGGGUAUGGAGGACCCAGAGACAAGGAAGUGCAGACCAGAUGGCAGAGGGGAGGGGGGAAGGGAGAGAAGAAGAUGUGCCCUGCGACCCUGCGGCUGCGGGUUCGGGUGUGGCUUUCCUCAACGGCGCUGCGGUUGGUGGAUACCCACCGGCAAGGAAAAUACGCUACGAUGAGAGAGAGACUAACAUCCACAGUCAGGCCGUGUCUGCGGCCCUUCUGGCCCGGAUGCGACGUGCUGCUUUUCCGCAACCUGGGAAGUCGAAACUUUUACCCUUUUCAGAUGGGAUAGUGGGUACCGGGUCCGUUCAGG